UUUGUUGUGCGAGCUUGUUGCGAGCGGGAGAAAGUCUAAGAAAACCGCAAGAGACAAAAAAAUAGAAGUAUUUAGGAAAAAUAUUGAACUAAUAAAGAAUUGAUUACAAAAGACUUAUAAAAAUAAAUUCAAGGGGAAUCCGAAUUACCCCUGAAACGUAUUAUGGUUAUUCUAGAUACGAUGGAAAAUGUUGGUAGUUUAGAAGAACAAGCAUUGAAGAGAAAAGAAAGAUUAAAGAAUUUGAAACGAAAACAUCCUUCCGACGAGAACUCAUCAACAAAUACUUUAAAUAAUGAAGCAGUUGUACUUCCAAAGCCCAAAUUCAGGAGUUACAGGCCACAAGAUGAAACAUUACAGGAAGCUAAGCUGGAUGAUGCACAACCAGCUGUGGUUGAUAAUGAAGUAAAAGAUUUGCUUGAAGCGGGAAAAGAAAAGGUUGUAUUACAAGACCUAGAUAUAUCAAGUUUAGCCCCACGGAAACCCGAUUGGGAUUUGAAGCGGGAUGUGGCAAAAAAAUUAGAAAAACUGGAGAGAAGAACUCAAAAGGCAAUAGCUGAACUAAUUUGGGAGAGACUAAAAGAAGGUGCAGAUGAUAAUUUAGGAGCCAUGAUUACUAUGACUGAUAAAGUACCUGAUGAUGAUUAAUUUUUCUUACAAACACACAUCCAUACAUUAAUCAAUCUAUACAUUUCCAUUUUUAAUGUUAGAAUGUAUAACAUAAGAUUUUAUAUAGAUGUGUUUUCAACUAAUGUAUGCAUUUGAAAUUAAAAAAAACAGAAAUUUUGUGUUAUUGUUUUAAAAAUUUACGGUUACUUAAUAAA